CCCCCGGCGGAUUGACCUUGCUGAGCCGGGCGAACGUGCAAGGUUGCCCGUCUGCCGAACCGUCUCCUUCUCCCCCGCCCUUUUAUCGCUCAAGGAGGCGACCAGGACCCACCGAAGAUGGCUUCCGCGGUGCUUGGAGAUCUUAGCUCUGCCGACUCGCUGUCGGCGAGGAGUUUGCGGCAGGCGCAGGGAAAGAGCAUCGGGGUGUUCACCAGUGGGGGCGACUCGCAGGGUAUGAAUGCCGCGGUUCGCGCGGUGGUGCGGAUGGGCAUCCAUGUUGGAUUCCGCGUGUACUACAUCCACGAGGGGUACCAGGGGAUGGUGGACGGAGCCGAGAACAUCAAGGAGGCCACCUGGACAAGCGUCUCUGGGAUCAUCCAACAGGGUGGGACUGUGAUCGGCAGUGCCCGAUGUCAGGACUUCCGUGAGCGGGCGGGGCGUCUGAAGGCGGCGGCUAACCUGGUCAGGGUGGGCAUCUCAUACCUGGUGGUGAUUGGUGGAGACGGGAGCCUGACCGGUGCAAACUGCUUCCGACAGGAAUGGGCCGGUCUGCUGGAGGAACUGGAGAAAAAAGGAGAGAUCACUGCAGAACAGAGUAAGAACUGUUCCCACCUCAACAUUGUAGGCAUGGUUGGGUCUAUUGAUAACGACUUCUGUGGUACGGACAUGACGAUUGGCUGUGACACGGCGCUGCAUCGUAUCAUGGAGUCUGUAGACGCCAUCACCACCACUGCUCAAAGCCACCAGCGUACGUUUGUUAUGGAGGUGAUGGGGCGACACUGCGGGUACCUGGCGUUGGUGACGGCGCUCGCCUGCGGUGCUGAUUGGUUGUUCAUCCCGGAGUGGCCGCCUGAAGCAGACUGGGAGGACCACAUGUGCCGCCGUCUGUCUGAGCUACGAACAGCAGGCAGUCGACUGGGGAUUGUGAUCAUGGCGGAAGGUGCCAUUGACCAGAAGGGGAACGCCAUCACAUCCAACCGGGUUAAGGAGAUUAUUUCCACCCGACUUGGCCAUGACACCCGAGUGACGGUACUGGGGCAUGUGCAGCGUGGAGGAAACCCUUCUGCCUUCGACCGUGUUCUGGGUUGCCGUAUGGGUGCGGAGGCAGUACUGGCCCUGCUGGAGGCCACACCUGACACGCCCGCCUGUGUCGUGUCACUGGACGGGAACCAGGCCGUCAGGGUCAACCUCAUGGAGUGUGUGGAGAGGACCCAGCAGGUUGCUGCAGCCAUGAAGAAGGGAAACUUUGAGAACUGUGUGAGUCUACGGGGCAGGAGUUUUCGCAACAACUUGGAGAUCUACAAGAUCCUGAGUCAUGUGAAACCCCCUAAUAACCCCCAGCAGCAUGUCUUCAACAUCGGGAUCAUGAACGUUGGCGCGCCCGCCGCUGGGAUGAAUGCUGCGGUCCGUUCGGCCGUCAGAACCGCCAUCUUGAACGGACACCAGCCCUACGCCAUUUACGAGGGAUUUGAAGGCCUUGCAGAGGGAAGACUGAAGAAGUUACACUGGAUGGAUGUGGGUGGCUGGGUUGGCUCGGGUGGUGCAAAACUUGGUGCUAAAAGGACCCAGCCAGCCAAACUUGGACUGCCCCAGAUCGCCAGUAAGUUUAAGGAGUUCAACUUGAGCGCCCUGCUUAUCAUUGGUGGGUUUGAGGCGUAUGACAGUGUGUUACAGCUGGCUGAAGCCCGUCCCCAGUAUAAGGAGUUCUGUAUCCCGAUGGUGGUGAUCCCCUGUACCAUCAGUAACAACGUCCCCGGUACUGAGUUCAGUCUGGGCACUGACACUGCACUCAACGCCAUCACUGAUAUCUGUGACCGGAUUAAGCAGUCUGCCAGCGGCACCAAGCGGCGCGUGUUUGUCGUGGAGACCAUGGGAGGGUUCUGUGGUUACCUAGCAACCCUCGCAGGGCUGGCGGGCGGGGCCGACGCCGCGUACAUCUUUGAGGAGAGAUUUGGCAUGAGAGACCUACAGAACGAUGUUGAACACCUUGCCAAGAAGAUGGUGGAAGGUGUGGAGCGAGGACUGAUUCUCAGAAAUGAGAAGUGCAAUGAGAACUACACCACUGACUUUAUCUACCAGCUGUAUUGCGAGGAGGGGAAAGGCUUGUUCUCUGCACGAAAGAAUGUCCUCGGACACAUGCAACAGGGUGGGUGCCCGUCACCGUUUGAUCGCAAUCUGGGCACAAAGCUGGCAGCCAAGUCUGUGGCCUUCCUGGCUGAGAAGAUGCACAACAACUACAAGGAGGAAGGUGGACGUGUAGUUGUGGAGUGUAAUGAAGAGGACACGGCGUGUCUGAUUGGACUCAACCGUAGAACUGUCCAGUUCAGUCCAGUCACCCAUAUCAAGUCCCAGACGGACUUCCAGCACCGCCUACCACGGGAGCAAUGGUGGCUGAAGCUGCGCCCGCUUCUGCGAAUCCUCGCCAAACACGAGAGCGUUUACGAGGUUGAGGGAACGGAGGGAAGCAUCGAGUGAAACCAACGAGUCACGAUAGAAGAAAAAAAAACGCGUGUGUGCAUUUUCAUCAUCGCUGGAACCUGGUGCUGUAGUGUGUAGCAAUGUUUCUAGCUUGCCAUCCCCGAAACCUAAAGUGGACCACUCCAUGUAAGCAGCAUGUCAGAGGGAAACUAGAAGAUACCAUUGCAACAUACAGGGGUGGUUAAGGUGGUUUCAGUAUUAUGAACCCAAGACUUUUAAGGUGGUUGACUUUUCAGAAACGGAAGUCCCAAGCAUGGUAAAUAUUAAUGUACAGAGUGUUGUAUAGUGAAUUUUGAAGUUCUGCUAGCAAAUACUGUAUUUCAAAGUUGAUUAAAAGAAAUAAAAGACAAGGAAAGAAGUUAUAACAAAAAUUGCCUUACAAAGGAAAUAGAAAUAAGUAGAAACAUCUUUUUAAAAGAUUUUUCUGUGGAAAUGAUUUACUAUAAAGAGGUCAGAUAAAAAUGAUAAUAACUAAAACUAAGAAUUGUUUUGCUUAUGACAAAAGCAAUAGGAAAAAGAAUAUGGAUAUAUGAGAAUAAUAUGGACAAGAGAACAUGUGGUAAGAAAGCAUUUGGGAUUCAAUGCUGCAAAAGAAAGAUUUUUAUAACUGUUCCAAUACAUUGUAUGAUGUAAUCCAAGAAUAACACUAUACAGAUAGGCAGACAGUUAUAUUCAACUCCUGGGUCAACCCAUUCAACCCACAAUGAUUUUGCAUGGGUAAAAUUUUUCCCUCAAAGGCAAUUUUUUUGCCAAAUUUGAUUCAUCCAAAGCCAGUAACUUUGAGACAAUAACGGAUAACUUCUUAGCAAUAAUCUUAAUAAAUUUCCCUGGACUGAGUUUUCAGAGGACAAUGUAACUCAGAUUCAAGUCUUUACCCCACUGGCUAGUCUCUACCAGGCUCUUUGGGCUGCUGGAGAAGCACUGGAAAUUAGCCAAAUGGUAGCCUCCACCAGGCCUUCCUAAGGGGCUAUAUGCAUGUUGGAAUUUGACCAAAAAAAGGGUGAGUUUUGGCCAGGGGAGUGAGCCUGGGCCAUGGUUAUAAGUGUAACAUAUACCCCAGUGCAGCAAAACAAAAAAGGUUUUUGGAACAUGGUCAGUCCCUCAGGCCUAUAGUAUUAUGAAAAAGAUAAUAACUUGUACUUGUGUGAUGGUACUACAUUUGUAUAGUAUAAUGUUGUCACUGAGUUAAUUGGGUUGGUGGAAAAAGGAGUCCAGUCC